CAUAAUUUAACCAGUUGAUUCUUUUCAUGCCAAAAAUAACUGAUAAGGUAUACUUGUGUAUCGCAAAUAUACUUUCAAAACUUCCGGUCUGCUCUUAUUCCUGGUCUCACCAUGACCUCAUUAUUUUGGCCUGUUGCUCCUGAUGAGGUUGAAUAUAAUAAUCGCAGCAAAAUAUCAGUUGUUGGUUGUGGAGCAGUUGGAACAUCGAUUGCAUUUUCUCUGCUCGAUAUAGCUGGUGCAAUUGCCCUAAUUGAUGUCAAUGAAUUUAAGGUAAAGGGUGAAGUCAUGGAUUUGAUGCAAGGUCAGCUGUUCUCCGGAUAUUGUAAAAUUACUGGUGGUUCCGACUUUAAAUUGACGACAAAUUCAGAUAUUAUCGUAGUUACAGCAUGUGUGACUGAUAAAAACGAAAAUCCUGAACAACAAUUUGUAAAAAAUGUUAAACUUUAUCAGGAAAUAAUCCCUAAGAUUACUUAUCAUAGUCCUCAAUCUGUUUUGUUGAUUGUCACAAAUCCAGUUGAUAUAAUGACACAUGUAGCCGCCAAACUCAGUGGUUUCCCGAAACAUCGAGUUUUUGGUACUGGGACAAUUUUGGACUCAGCAAGAUUCCGUUAUCUUCUUGGUCAGAAAUUUAGUGUCGAUGCCUCAUCAGUUAAUGGUUAUAUAAUUGGAGAACUUGGUGAAAAUAUUAUACCUUUAUGGAGUACCGUGAAUAUUGCUGGUGAACGUUUAGUCACAAAAAAUGCACAUAUUAGAUGUUCAAGUGAUCCUGAAAAUUUCAAAUUGGUUUAUGAAUCGACAAUCAAAAGUACAGAAGAACUUAACCGAUUAAAAGGUUGUAAUUCAUGGUCUAUUGGACUUGCUUGUCGUGCCAUAUGUGAUGCUAUAAUACACAAUCUUCAUACCAUUUAUCCCGUCUCAGUGUAUGUUAAAGAUGUGAAUGGGAUCCAAGAAGACGCUUUUCUGAGUUUUCCUUCUUUGAUCAACUCUAAAGGAAUAAGUCAUAUAAUACCACAGCAGUUAAAUCCUGAUGAAGAAAGGAAAAUAAAACAAAGUGUUCAGAAGCAAAUAAACGUGGUGAUACAUCUAGGCAUAUGAAGCUUCACUGUAAUGGAUAUUUUCAGUUUGUUCAGAAUGACUUUUAUUAUUUAUCCGUGAGUUUUUGCCAUUUUGAUAAACUACUUUUAAUACACUAGUGCAUUGGAAGUACUUCA